CUGCCCCGUGCCGAGCCGGAGCCCCGAGGCCUCCCGACCCAUGAGCGGGCAGCGCGGCGUCAAGCGGCGAUGUGGGGAGUCCCACCUGGAGGCCGUGGCAGGCUGUGCUCAUGGCCCUGCUGCUGCUGGAUGUGUGCUGAGCAAACUGGUGCAGCUGCCCACCCCUCCCCUCUCCAAGCACCAGCUGAAACGGUUGGAGGAGCACAAGUACCAGAGUGCAGGCCGCUCCCUGCUUGAGCCUCUGAUGCAAGGUUACUGGGAAUGGUUAGUGGGGAGAGUGCCAGCCUGGAUUGCCCCCAACCUCAUCACCAUCAUUGGACUGUUAAUAAACAUCUUUACCACUCUGCUGUUAGUAUAUUACUGCCCCACAGCUACAGAGCAGGCCCCUCCCUGGGCAUACAUUGCCUGUGCCUGUGGCCUUUUCAUCUACCAGUCUCUGGAUGCCAUAGAUGGAAAACAAGCAAGAAGGACAAACAGCAGCUCCCCCUUAGGAGAGCUCUUUGAUCAUGGCUGUGACUCACUUUCCACAGUCUUUGUGGUUUUGGGCACUUGUGUUGCUGUGCAGCUGGGAACCAACCCUGACUGGAUGUUCUUUUGUUGUUUUGCUGGGACCUUCAUGUUCUACUGCGCUCACUGGCAGACCUACGUCUCGGGGACGCUGCGCUUCGGCAUAAUUGAUGUGACUGAAGUCCAAAUCUUCAUAAUAAUCAUGCACUUACUGGCAGUGAUUGGAGGACCUCCUUUUUGGCAAUCUCUGAUCCCAAUCUUGAACAUUCAGGUGAAGAUAUUCCCAGCUCUGUGCACUGUGGCAGGAACCAUCUUCUCCUGUACCAACUACUUUGGUGUCAUCUUCACAGGGGGAGUUGGCAAGAAUGGCUCCACCAUAGCAGGCACCAGUGUCCUCUCACCUUUCCUUCACAUCGGCUCAGUCAUCGCCUUGGCUGCAGUGAUCUACAAGAAGUCAGCUGUGCAGCUCUUUGAGAGGCAUCCCUGCCUCUACAUCCUCACCUUUGGCUUUGUGUCUGCUAAGAUCACAAACAAACUUGUGGUUGCACACAUGACCAAAAGUGAAAUGCACUUCUACGACACAGCCUUCAUCGGCCCAGCGCUGCUCUUCCUGGACCAGUACUUCAACAGCUUCAUUGAUGAGUACAUUGUCCUCUGGAUUGCCCUGAUCCUCUCUCUCUUCGACCUGCUGCGGUACUGUGUCAGUGUCUGCAACCAGAUCGCUGCGCACCUGCACAUCCACGUCUUCCGCAUCAAGGCCUCCUCCUCCUCCUCCUCCUCCUCCUCCUCCUCCCAUUCUAAUCACCAUUAAGUGAACAGGGGGGGGGUCACCCUGCUGAGAAGCAAGCCAGAGUUGGGUUUCUACAUGAAUGGCUGUGAAGAGAAGCAGGAGCCUGAGGCCAGGCGAGUCAUGGCUGCUGGUGGCCGUGGCCUGGCUUCUCCUCCUGGCUAGCAGUCACACUCCUUGGGUAGCCUCCUGCCUGGGGAGAGUCACUCCCAGCUCCACCUUAGGCAACUCUCCAUGUCCUCCAACUCUGUUGGUUCCAAGCCUUGGGAAAGCAUGCAAAGGGGUGGGGGGU